UCUCUUUGCCACGUACACACACACAUCCAAUAGAAUCGCACAAGUCUUCAAAUAUCACGUCACUGAAAAUCAGUGUGUGCUGAGCUUGCCAUUUCACUGUGUGGCCCAAUGCUACCCAACGUUAGCGGCUGGCGCUGUGUGUUUCUAGAGAGUGGAGCUAAUGGUUAAACUGUGUAACGCUACGGCCUGUUAAUUUUUGUGAGUGGCGUGCUGUUUUCCGUCUCGACGGGUGUACGGAAGAGACCUUCAGGCUGUCUGGGGCUGACAGGUGUACUUUACAAGCUUUGUUUACAAGCAUCUCUCUCUCUCUCUCUAGCUCUCCCUCUGUCAGACUCUCUCGUUCUCUGUGUUUCGGGGGCAAGAGGACAAGGCCAUCUCGUCAGGGUAGUCUGCAGGGGUGGCAGAGCCAUAACAUUUGACAGAGCAUCAGGAGACCGGUGGGACUGCACAGUGGAUCCUCUCCGUCCGAGGCGGUGCACAGAGUUUCGGCGGCGAGGCAAAGAGGAGCUCCAGGGUUUAACCCGGGUGCCGGGAGUCCGUCUCCGAAGAGGAACACUUAGAUCCCCUCUCCGCCCGUGAGAGGCGGCUGAAGGGAGGUGACGCCGCCGUCAACCGCCGACAUGUCUCCCUUCCUGCGGAUCGGGUUCACGCGAUUCGAGAUGGACCCGGGGCUGGAGUACCACGAGGAGGUGCUGAACCCCUACUGCGCCGUCCAGAUGAAGGAGCCCGUCGACACAGAAAAGGGUCCUGCGUACAAGCAGAGGAAGCCCACCAUGUACCCCCCGUGGAGCACCACGUUCGACGCCCACAUUCACCCGGGCCGCGUCAUGCACGUGAUGGUGAAGGACCGCACGGCCGAGCUGCGCUCCGAGGCCACCCUGGCCCUGGAGGCCCUGGCCACGCGCUGCGUCAAGGAGAGCGGCAAGCUGGAGUUCUGGCUGGACCUGGCUCCUCAGGGCCGAGUGCUGAUUGAAGCCAGGUACUACAUAGAGAAGUGCGAUGGCCAGGGUAAGGACAGCGAGGGGGCCGGGGAGAAGGACCGGCAGAGCCUGUUCACGCUGCACCAGCGCCGCGGGGCCAUCAAGCAGGCCAAGAUCCACCUGGUCAAGAGCCACGAGUUCAGCGCCACCUUCUUCCCCCAGCCCACCUUCUGCUCCGUCUGCAAGGAGUUUGUCUGGGGUCUUAACAAGCAGGGGUACCAGUGCAGACAAUGCAACGCCGCCAUCCACAAGAAGUGUAUAGACAAGAUCAUCGCCAAAUGCACCGGUUCAGCCAUCAACAGCAAAGAGACCAUGAGCCACAAAGAGCGCUUCAAGAUCGACAUGCCGCACCGCUUCAAGGUGUACAACUACAAGAGCCCCACCUUCUGCCAGCACUGUGGCACGCUGCUAUGGGGUUUGGCCAAGCAGGGGCUCAAAUGUGAGGAGUGCUGUAUGAACGUCCAUCAUAAAUGCCAGAAAAAGGUGGCCAACCUCUGUGGAGUCAACCAGAAGCUGAUGGCCGAGGCUCUGGCCGGCAUAGAGACUAAGCAGCUGCAGGCUAAAACCAGCAGUGACAGCGAGCUGAUUGGUCGAGAGGGGCCGGUGAGUGUGGACCAGCCAGGCGUGGUCCGGGUCCCGUCCGGACCGAUCAUGGGCUUACCGGCCACCCCUGCCAGUAGAGACGUCCAGGGCGUGUCGUGGUACGUCUCCCUGGACGAGGAGGAUGUCGAGCAGGAGCCCUCGCCCAGCGACCCCGGGAAGGGGCCCCCCCCAGAGGACCAGGAGCCCCUCUAUGCCGUGCCCAGGAAGGACCACCAGAGGUUCACCCUGGACAACUUCGUCCUGCACAAGAUGCUGGGCAAGGGCAGCUUUGGCAAGGUGUUCCUGGCCCAGCUGAAGAGCACGGGGCAGUACUACGCCAUGAAGGCCCUGAAGAAGGACGUGGUGCUGAUGGACGACGACGUGGAGUGCACCCUGGUGGAGAGGAGGGUGCUGUCCCUGGCCUGGGAGCACCCCUUCCUCACCCACCUCUACUGCACCUUCCAGACCAAGGAGAACCUGUUCUUUGUGAUGGAGUACCUGAACGGAGGGGACCUCAUGUUCCACAUCCAGAGCUGCCACAACUUUGACCUGCCCAGAUCCAAGUUCUACGCUGCCGAGAUCAUCUGUGGCCUCCAGUUUCUGCACUCUAAAGGAGUUGUUUACAGGGACCUGAAGCUGGACAACGUGCUGCUGGACUCUGAGGGACACAUCAAGAUCGCUGACUUUGGGAUGUGCAAGGAGAACAUGAGCGAGGACGCCCGGACCGCCACCUUCUGCGGGACCCCUGACUACAUCGCCCCCGAGAUCCUGCUGGGCCAGAAGUACAACAGCUCGGUGGACUGGUGGUCGUUCGGCGUGCUGCUGUACGAGAUGCUGAUUGGCCAGUCUCCCUUCCACGGGCAAGACGAGGAGGCGCUCUUCCAGUCCAUCCGCACCGACAACCCUUCCUACCCCCCGUGGCUGCCCAAGGACGCCAAGGACAUCCUGGUCAAGCUGUUUGUGAGGGAGCCUGAGAAGCGGCUGGGCAUCAAGGGAAACGUCAGACAGCACAUCUUCUUCAGUGGCACCGAUUGGGACGCCAUGGAGCUACGGCAGGUGGAGCCGCCCUUUAGGCCCACAGUGAAAUCGGCCAGCGACUGCAGCAACUUCGACACCGAGUUCCUCAACGAGAAGCCGCGGCUGUCCUGCGCCGACCGGGCGCUCAUCAACAGCGUGGACCAGACCAUGUUCAGGAACUUCUCGAUGGUUAACCCUGGGAUGGCCCGUGUCAAGGCAUCCUGAACAAGGGGGGUAGGGAUAGAGAGGGACAUACCAAAGUCUGACAACCAGCCAACUUGGCCCAAGUUGUCACUUGAAGGUGACAUAUUAUACCACCAGGUGUGAGUGCCUUACAAGCAGUUUUGAAAAUCGGCCAUACAUCUAGGUGGACACGCCCACUUGGGAUGUCAGAAGAGGCCGAUUUUUCAAAACGGCUUGUAAUGGCUAAUUACACACACACCUGGUGGUAUAAUAUGUUACCGUUAACUAACAAUUGACUGAACCUGCAUACCAGAUGAGGGACAGAAGACCGGGAAAACUCUACACACCUCUGAUGUCACGCAACGACAACGAUGAAUACCUAGCUUCUCCGAUGAGAUCUGUUCGAGAUGAGGACUACAGUUCAAGAACAUGAACAAAAGCUGUUUCACGAUUUUUUCUGCAAAACUAAAUAUUCAAAUGCUUUUGUAGCACUGUGGUCAGUCAGAAUGUGUUUUUGCGUAUUUGAAAUCUAGGUGUUUUUAGUCUUACUGUUCUGUGGCCACCGAUUCGUUAACGUGUACGGUGCUUAAAAAUACAGAAUCUGUGGUACCUCAGCGGUACUGUUUUGUUUACAUCCUAUGGUGUUAAUUAUGUUCAGAGCUUCGCACUUGAUGUAAGGGUGAGUGGAUCUGGGUACUGGAGAGGCUUUUAAUUCUUUCUUCUAAUGUGAUUCCCGUAUGAUCAUUGAAGCAUUACGUAGUUGAUUUUGUAGUUCUUUUUCUUGAGAGUUUGUGUCCGUAUUCUUUUUAGGGAACUACUUGAUGUUGGGAAAGUACUUUUUCAAUGGCCAAUAAAUAAGUAUUAACCUGACUGUAAGUCAGUCAAUAAACCGAGCAAUCAGAUAAAUCAUUGCACAGGUAUUAAGAGUAAAACAAUUAAUUAAAAUAACUUAGAUUAGGGAACACAUGUUUUGCUAACCAUCACCACCACGUUCACAGGUCUAUUUUAAGCUGCAAGCAGAAUUGCAAUACUAGAGUAGAUGAGUCAUACAUCACACUCUAAAGAAGCAGAGACACAUUUAGAGAUUAUUUUACAUUCAUGUUUUGUUUAUUGGGGGUUGCGGUCAAGCUGUGCUUGUGUGUGUGUGUGUUUGUUCCAGGUCAAUCCCUGAACCUUUAGUGAACAGAGCAUUUAGUGUUGCAGGAUCUCCUUCAAAGUGAUCAGACGUUCACACGCGCUAUCCCUCUCGCACACACACGAACACCUCAUCUAUUACGCAUUCAGGUAGGGCAAAUAAAAACAAAUGUACAAAGAAAAAUCAUACACAUAAAUAUAACGCUAUAUAUAAGGCUACAAAAAUGAACCAUUAAUUAACAUUAGUUAUUGCAAUAAUAAGCAUUAGUAUACAUUAUUAGCAUAGGGGUUAUGGUUAACCAUAACUCCAUUAAAUAAUCCCCUAGUUUCAGAAACACUUAGGCAUCCAUUAGUUAACUGCAUUAACUAUUGUAAAUUAACGAUUCAUUAUUGUCCCCUUAUUUUUAAAGGUUACCAUAUUAUGUAGUCAAUCAUUGAAAGAAAUAAAGCAUUUUGCUAGUAUGCAAAAUUUGACAAGAGAAUGAAUAUCUAUUAUGGCCGUUUGCCCUUAUACAUAACACCCAUACACAGAUAUUUUCAAUAUUUGGCUUUGAUGUUUUUGGAGGCAAACAUGUCUCGGGUCUGCCUUAAUAUCAACAACUACUGUUUGGUUUACUGACUUAGGCAGUCCAUUUCCUUUGAAGAUGAAACAAUGACAAAUCCUUGAAAAAAAUCCAGGUGCUUUCAAAACACCUGUAAUGCCCACAUGGAUUUCAUUCCAGUCAAUGAUAUGAGCUGUUUAUAAAUAAACACACACACAUACAGUCACUUUGUGACUAAUUCAAAGCUGCGUGAAGUUCUGUAAAUACUUGCCAUACAUGAGCGGUUCUAUUCGCAUCCUCAAGAGUUGAAGAUGGAACGAUAUACAAGAGUAAAGAUGAAGAGUAGCUCAAUCCCACAUAUCUUCAGCCUGGUUUACAUUUCUCCCGUCUGUGUGUUGCGUUGCGCGUGUGCAGGGACAUUAAGUGUGAUAACCAUGGGGAUGACUCUUCCCGCUUUGCAUGUUGCCAUGGUAACCAAGAGCCAGCAUGGCGACCCGGCGUCGGCCCUCCUUCACUCGCCCGUCCGAUAACAUCGUGGC